AUGGUUCGGUGUUCCUUCAGCAAUAAUCCUGUGCUGUGUACCUGCUGGUCAGAGGUCCUAGACCGGUACCGUGAUGUUAGAAUGGUGCCAGAAGCCAAAGAGUUAAUGAUCAGAUGCUGGGAUCACAAUGCAGAGAAAAGACCCGGCUUCCAUGACUGCAGUGAAUGUACAUUAGUGAUGUAUGACGCGCAUCAGAAGAAGGUGAGAAGUGCUGUUCGAAGUGUUGAAGAUCGUCUCACAAAUAUGCAUCCUUCAAAUCAGCAAGCUGAAUCAUCUGGGUAUAUUAGUGGAGAUACAGAGAAAUUUCUAAAAGGCAAGUAA